AAAAAAUCUUGCAACCAAAUCACCAUGUCUCCUCUGAAAUCAAUGGCACAUUGCACGGCCCAAAUUGCAGCAAAAAUGAAAAGAGGAGGCGGAACCGCCACAGGACUCCGUUCUUUUCACUUUGGGACAAAGGAAUAUAGUGCCUGCUUUCAUGGGCUACCUGUUGUAGACACACAGCGACUGCGAGAUAGUACGAUAUCCUAUCUCGAUAGCUUUGACGCGGAACUCUGGUACACCGACCCGAUUGCUACGUUGGUCAACGGCGAAAAUCUAGGCGGGUCUGAAUUAGCUGACACGCUAAAUGCGCUCGGAAAGGUAAACGGUAAGCAAGCACUAGCCACACCGGAUCAGGUCAACAAGAUUAAAGCGCAUAUCGUCUCGUACGAGUCGCCUUACAAGGACUUGCGCACCGAAAUUCGGAACGUGGAAGAAAACCUCAUGUCUGAGUACGCUGGAUUCUUGAUUGGCAACCAGAGUUUAGACUUUCAAAAACAGGACGGCAUUACAGAAAUUGAAGAAUCCAUCAUGGCUAACACUAUCGAACGACGCUUAAAUGAUUUUCUCUUGCGCGACGAAGCUGAAGGAGUCGUGGAAAUCAGUCGAAAACCCAUUUACGUUAGCUGCGUGUCUAAUUUUACUAACUUCUUGGAUCUUUCGCGAAAAACUCUGCGAUCGCUUGAGGUUGGCAUUCCCUGCAUUGUCCUCGGACGCAGCGACACAUCCCAACAUUCGUAUCGCUGGACGCAGCUAUUGCUACAACUGAUUCUAAAUGAAGGUAUUGACCCAGGCAUGCUAACGUUCGUGUCCAGUUCACUGAAUCAAAUUGAAGAGAUCACGACUUCUUGCCAAAAUCGCACUGGUAAUUUGUACGCAACAUGUUCGAGGGAGUUGGCAGCUUCCAUCAAGCAAUCAUAUUUUAAUACGAUUGCUAGUACUGGUGGGCCAAACACCUUGUUGACGACCACUAUGGACGAGAAUGUUCGGUUAGCAAUAAAAACGAGUGCAACAAUUGAGAGUUCAGGACGGUGCACAGCGUUGCGACAUUGUGUUGUGCCGCUGUCCACUAAGGACGAAGAUAUAAUGGGUAUAUUCGAUUCGGUCAAAGAGAUUUCGGAUGGACCGUUUGCCGUAAAGAACAAGCUUUUUGACGGCAUUUAUGCCAAUCACGAAGGGAGUGCGAUUCCGUCGGGGCUUGAUCGUCACGAGAACGUGGAUGCUUUUAUAAAAAUUAGCGAUCAUUUGCCUGUCUUGGGUAUCAAAGAGUUUUGGCGGAAAGUGACGGUGGACUUUUCUCGCGUCAACCCGACGAAUGAAGAAGAUCUGGAUCGCCUGGUGGUCUGGUUGAAUGAGAAUCAACCAAUUUCUUUGGCAAUAAAUGGUCCUCGUCUCCAGGUACUCAAACUGGGACGAACUCUGUUCGAGAGGACGGGAAUGGUUGUCUAUACGAUUGGAAGCCCUGACAAGCUGGAGAUGCCUCCGGCGAUGACUUGCCAAGCUCGACCGCAAGAAGGCGAGUGCUUCGGCGAGUUCCCCCCGCGUGCAAGUCUAUCUCGGUAUACUAAGUACCCCGUUGUCGUUCCAAGCUCUAAUCCUUCGUAUGACGCUAAAUACACGACGGAUUACCUGAGGAAGCUUUCUGUUAGUGAGUUUUUUGGCAAAAGCACUCAAGCUAUCCUUGAUCACAUUUCCGAGUCGACAGUCCUUGGCUAUUGUAUCCUACUAAUCGAAUACUUGCAAAAUGCUACCGGUCAAAAUCCAAAGAGGGGACUUGGUGUAGGUAGAACAUCGCUUUGGGGUCUCCAACGUCCGCCGUUGGGAAUGAAAUCAUUUGUCCAUUGUGGGAAGGAUACUACCUGGGACGAGUUGGCUCCGAUCUACAUAAUUUUUCACGUCACAACAGCAAGAGACCAAAUUGAGCUGUCUAUUGACCCACAGAACAAAGUUCUUAUCAAGCAAUGCAGCCUUAUGAAGCUCCCAUUGACAGAGGAAAGUAAGCAGGCCAUGGAGGACCGCCUCAAAGGCAGGAAUGAUGUUUUUAGUAUUGUGGAUGCAGAACCUCUUCAAGAAUUUCCAAUGGUUGGCCAGUUCGUCAGCGUAUAUUUGCCGCUCGGCCAUAUCAAGAGCACGAUGCCCAAUGACGAAGAGUUUGCCUUGCGGGCAGCGGCAUCGAACAAAUGGUUGACUACUCUGUUUUGAAGCGUGAUGGUUGAGGACUGCAAGAUUUCUGAAGCAUUUAUUUGGAUACGCCUACCGUAGUCUGACAUUUACGGUAAACUAAUAGCGCUUGCGUCGUGCUUCUUG